ACACCUCCACACUCCAACAAGCGGAUGUGUUUUACUUAGCCUUUUCUCGCACUUUCUGUCUUCCCUCCUCUACCUAUGACCGACUGUCUUUCAGCGGCUGCUUCUGUAUUUUUUACAUCUGUGAUGGCCUAAUUAUCUGCCACUUUUCUUUCCUGCGUUGCUGUGGGCUUCAACUUGUUGUAGCUCAGUUGUAACAGAUAAUUUUGUCAGCGUUUAAAGUCGGUCUUUUCAACACGGUGACGUCUCACAGGCAGCAGCCGACAUCCGCCCGUUAAAGAUUGGGGUGGCUGACAAGGAGACCGUCCCAAUUCACCGAUUAACAUCGGUACCGGCAGAUUGAUGGUCAGUGAGAGGACCGAAGAGAAAUCCCCUGAGCUGACCAUGCUGCUGCUGAGAGCAAGAGGAAGGAAGUGAGAUGAGCCGAGAUGGCCUAAAGAACCAAGAGGUUGCGUAAAUCAUCCGCUUCAGAGGAGCGGGCUGCAUAUGAGACCUUUGAGACAACAUUGAUCAGUUCAGUUCACUGAGAGCAACUCUGCUUGUUUCAUCAGUGAAUGUCUGAGCAUAGCCUGUGAUGAAAACCGCCAGCAGUGUACGAAAGCACAGCCCACACUUGAGGACCUUACAUCCUGCUAGCCUGGCAGAAAAACCUUGACUUUUUCUUUGAAGAACCCAAGACAACCUGAGAGGCUUGUUAAUCGACGGCAACCAUGAACGGCCUGACCGAACUGUCUGUGAAGUGUGUUCUGGUCGGGGACUGUGCGGUCGGCAAGACGGCUCUGCUGGUCCGCUUCACCUCCGAGACGUUCCCAGAUUCGUACAAGCCCACCGUGUUUGAAAACACGGGCGUUGAGGUGUACAUGGAUGGGGUCCAGAUCAGUCUCGGGCUGUGGGACACGGCGGGCAACGACAACUUCAAGCAGAUCCGGCCGAGGUCGUACCAGCAGGCAGACGUCGUCCUUAUGUGCUACUCAGUGGCCAACCCCAACUCCCUAGCCAGCAUCCAGCGCAAGUGGAUUGCAGAGGUCCGGGAGAACCUGCCCAGGGUGCCAGUGCUGGUGGUGGCCACUCAGACGGACCUGAGGGAGGUGGGAGUUCAUCGGGGCAGCUGCAUCUCGCCGGCGGAGGGGAAACGUGUAGCCCAGGAGGUGCACGCUAAGGGCUACCUGGAGUGCUCUUCCUUGAGCAACCGCGGUGUGCAGCAGGUGUUUGAGUACGCUGUGAGGACAGUUUUUAACAAGCACAAGAAACGGGAAAGGAGGCGCAUGUUCAGCAUGAACCAGUGCAAAGUGUUUUGACCUUUGACUAUGAUCUUGCUGCCGUUUUUUUUUUUUUUUUUUUUUUUCAGAUAUGCUGUUCAAACUCAGUCAGCCAUGACAAGAUGUAAGGACCCAAACAUGACUUCCUGACAUACUAGGCUGUACUUCACUAAUACCCCCCAAAAAACUCAAACAUAUUUCAACUGAGAACACUGAAAACAAAAUUUGACGUCACUGACCGAGAAACCAGCAUAUGGGGUGGACACUUUUCUUCAGGGAUCAAGUCAUAAAUGUUUGUUCUUAUAAAUGUAAAACAGAAUAUUGUUUUUUGUAUUUAAAGAGAAAAGGUUGUUUUCGUCUCAGACUAGGAUUUACUUUAGCAAGUGAACUUUUUUAUUGAAAUUUUAAAAAAAUAUGCUUCUCUACUAACACAAAUACAUUAAUGCAGUAUUUUUUUGGAUGUGGCUUCAUGAAGCCGGAACAAUGUCAUUCCAGAUGUUUCUAAAUCAGGUUUAAUGAAAUUCCAGGUCCCUUACCAUUACUUUGUGAUUGCGUGAGCAACAGAGUGUGCUUUAUUCAGUCAGAAAUCAUUUAAAUUAUGUUGGAAAUACAUUUCAGCUAAAAAAACAAAAUGAACCCUUUUGUGGAGUACAUUCUAUAAUUUUGUUUCUAGAGAAAUGUUUUGUCAGGUGGCCUAAAAAUAAAAUGUUUUUCAUAAAUACAUCGCAAAGCCCAAAAUUAUUUAUAUCCCUGGCAGACUCAGGUUUAAAGUAAUGUUUUGUUUUUUCGAACAUGUUUCAUCUGAAUCGAAGCAAUUACAUCGUUUUGGAGCGGCCUAGUCAGAGUUCUGACCUGUCCUCAGAAUCUGAAGGGGAGCUAAAGAUUAGGGUGAUGGCAAAGAGGCCCUCCGGCCCCAGAGAUCUGGAGCUCAAAACUAGAGAUGCAAAGUGCUGGUUAGCAAUUAUGUAGUAGUUUUUUUUAAAAUUGAAAAUAAUAUAUAUAAUUUACAUUACACCAUUUUUAAAUAAAAAUUUUUAAACAGGUGAAUAGUUUUUUGUAUCGAUACUCCUUUUCCAUUGUUUUGUUACCUUUCGAGAGACGUCCGUCUCAUUUCCGAUCAUUGACAAACUUCUCAGAUUGUAGGAAAAUAAUUUUAAAUCUAAACAUGUCGGAGGUGCUAAUAUUUUUGAGCUGUAAAUCAAAAAUAUUAUGUUUUAAAAAAAAAUAAUUUUAUAUAAGUUCUGAACCAGCUAAAGAAUAAAGUGGGAAAAAAGGUGUUUCUUUUUAGAAACAUUUAUCUAUUCAGUCAUUUUUGAAAAUGACAUUAAAAAUCAGAAGCAUAAUGUGUGUGAUAUAUUUUCUUUUCUUUCUAAUGUUCAAAUUUCUUCAUGUCUUGACGAAACAAGCGACAAGCUAAAGCUUAGCUUCAGUGAACAUAAUUUUUAGUUUUUGCUUGCAGACUGUCUAAGGUUUGAGCAAAUGCCUGAAAUGAUGUUCCUGCUAUAAAUUUCAAUAAUUCCAGUGUACAAGAAUGAAAAGAAAAUAAUUUGUGGGUUUUCUGUGAAGUCUUUCUGUCUUUCUUGGUUUUGUUGGAUGUUCUUGGAUUGAAUUUCAACAUGUAGGAACCAGACACUGUAAAAUGUUACAUUUAAAUCCUUAUUGUAAACACUUGGUUCAGUAUUUUUUCUUGCACCAACAUUUUUUGUGAUAUGAAUUUAUUUGUGGUGCAAGUCUUUAACAUUAAAAUAUAACAUGCAUUGUGGGAUUUUAAACUGUUUUAUCAU